AUGUCCACCUCCCGGAGGAAAAGCAAGGGCCGGCCUCCCCCAGAGACCUCGUCCCCGCUGACUUCGGGGGACGGAGCCCCGGGGCGCGGUCGCGACCCAGCCCGGCCCCCGCCCGGUUCCUUUCCUCCCGCCGGAAUGUCCACCUCCCGGAGGAAAAGCAAGGGCCGGCCUCCCCCAGAGACCUCGUCCCCGCUGACUUCGGGGGACGGAGCCCCGGUGGCCCUCCCUGGGCUGACUUUGGCUGCUGCCGAGUUUCAGGAGAAAGGCAUGCUUAUUUGCAUAAAUGACUUUGAUUUCAGAACAUGGAGUUUCAGGCUGAAGGUUUGUACUGCAUGGCCAGUUGCAGGAUUUCCUGGAGGAAGAAUUGGCUUGAGUAAAAUUACACAGAAAAACUUGAAGGUGGGAUCUGGCGAUGCAGUCACUGUCCAGCCUGUGACUGGUGCAAUGUUGCAGGCAGAGGAAAUAGAAGUGAAGCGGAGAGCUAAAGAUGAUUGUCUUAAUGGUGAUGAGCUGUCUGCCAAUGUCCUGAGAAGUCUAGAUGGGAAAGUUGUUUUACCAGGCAACACCUUGGAAAUCACUUUCUAUGGCCGAUCUUGUGACCUGAUGGUUACAGUGGUGAAAGGAACAGAUGGUAGGACUCUGAAAAUGCAGAAUGACUCCCUUUUAAGGCGAACAGGAGAAGUGUCACUGGACUAUACUGAUACCAGCAGUUUUGACUUGUCUAUGCAACUUGGCAAACUCCUUAUUGAAGACAAUCAAGGAGGAAUAUCUACAAGCACUCCAUAUAAGCAGAUGGAUCAUAGCAUAUCAAUUAAUACUUCCGGCGAUACUGUGGAGUGUGGUGAACUGAGUUCUGAUCCAACUGAGGUACCUUUAUCUGAGGAAGGAGUUGUAACCUCUGUUCCUCACUGUGAAUUAACGGGAGUGGAAAGUUGUGACAGAUGCUUUGCAGAUGACAGAUUGCAGCAAGCCAAUAAAACAGGAAUGGCACUGAACUCUGACACAUUUUACUUCAUAUCCUCAAGAACUAAAAUCAGUUUCACUGAAGCUCGGAGAAAGGCAACAGAAGAAUCCAGUCCUGAACCAAAGGUUACUUAUGAUUCAAUAGGUGGACUGAGUGGCCAGCUAAAAAGCAUAAGAGAAAUGAUUGAACUCCCUCUGAAACAACCUGACUUGUUUAGACGUUACGGAAUUCCACCUCCGAGAGGAGUGCUGCUCUAUGGCCCUCCAGGUACUGGGAAGACACUGAUAGCCAAAGCAGUUUCAAAUGAAGUUGGGGCUCAUGUCUGCACAAUUAAUGGUCCAGAAAUAGUAAGCAAGUUUUAUGGAGAGACUGAAGCCAGGUUACGACAAAUAUUUGCUGAAGCCUCUUUACGACGACCAUCCAUUAUAUUUAUUGAUGAAAUUGAUGCACUCUUUCCAAAGAGAGAAGGGGUGCAGAAUGAAAUUGAGAAAAGAAUUGUAGCUUCCUUACUAACACUGAUGGAUGGUAUUGGAUCGGAAGAUAACCAAGGGCAGCUCCUUGUACUUGGAGCCACAAAUUGUCUCCACACACUCGAUCCAGCCCUGCGAAGACCUGGGCGCUUUGAUAAGGAGAUAGAAAUUGGGGUUCCCAAUGCUCAGAACCGGCGGGAUAUCCUCAGUAAGCUUCUUAACAAGGUUCCUCAUUCGCUGACGACGAAAGAGUUGACUCAGUUGGCUGACAAAACCCACGGAUAUGUUGGAGCAGAUCUAGCCGCAUUGUGCAAAGAAGCAGGAUUGCAUGCUUUUCAGAGAGUUCUUGGGCAGAAAGCAAGCUUACUUGAUGAUGAGGUGUCUGGCUCAGUGAUCCUCUCUCACAGUGACUUCCUGCAAGCGAUGAAUGAUGUAAGGCCAAGUGCCAUGAGGGAAGUGGCAAUUGAUGUACCAAAAGUGUCUUGGUCAGAUAUUGGAGGGAUGGAAGAUGUCAAAUUAAAAUUGAAACAAGCAGUUGAAUGGCCUCUGAAGCAUCCAGAGUCUUUCAUUCGAAUGGGGAUCCAGCCACCAAAAGGAGUGCUGCUUUAUGGACCUCCAGGAUGUUCAAAAACAAUGAUUGCAAAGGCUCUGGCCCAUGAAAGUGGAUUGAACUUCUUGGCAGUGAAGGGACCAGAAUUAAUGAACAAAUAUGUUGGAGAAUCUGAACGUGCAGUCCGGGAGAUAUUUAGAAAAGCCAGAACUGUUUCUCCUUCCAUAUUGUUCUUUGAUGAAAUCGAUGCCUUGGCAGUAGAAAGAGGAAGCUCUUCUGGUUCUGGCAAUGUAGCAGAUCGUGUCUUGGCUCAGUUGCUGACAGAAAUGGAUGGAAUAGAACAGCUAAAGGAUGUGACAAUCUUGGCAGCUACAAACCGACCUGAUAUGAUCGACAAGGCUUUGAUGCGACCUGGUCGAAUUGACAGAAUCAUAUAUGUACCACUCCCUGAUGCAGCCACUCGCAGAGCAAUCUUUAAAAUUCAAUUUUCCACCAUGCCCGUCUCAGAAGACGUCCAUUUGGAUGAACUUGUUGAACGAACACAAAAGUAUUCAGGAGCAGAGAUAACAGCGGUUUGUAGAGAAGCUGCCCUUCUUGCCCUUCAAGAGGAUAUCCAGGCCAAUUGCAUCAUGGGACGGCACUUCAAACAAGCUUUGGUUGUUGUGACCCCUAGAAUCCCAGAUUCUUUGCAGAGGUUUUAUGAAGAGUAUUGGCAGCAGAGCGGAUUACAUUCACUUUGAGAAAUGGAUUAAUAAUGGUGUAGUGUGUGAUACAGUUUUAGGUGACCUAUGAAUAACUUUGGUUGGAGGUAGCAGAAAAUUUUAUUUUUAUAAGACAAAUGUUUGAGCUGAACUUUGCUGCUGGAGUUUUCCUAAGCAAGGUCUUGAGCGGCAGCUGGGAAUUGUAUAAACAUGACAGAAAGGACUGAAAUGUUUUCUGCUUCUAUAGUAUGCCAUGAUCAGGCAUCAAUUUCUAAUCUUGUCACUCGUAGCUUCAUUUUAGUCUGAUUUCUCUUUUCUGUAGAACAUUUGUCUAUUGGAUUCUUUUGAAAAUUGUCUAUCAUCUACUCUAAACCAUCCAGAUCAUGUCACGUACUCUAAGCCAUUCAAAUUACUCAACUGGCUCCCUCCAAAUUACAGUUUUUCAUGGUCCAAAUUUCCCCCCUUCCUUUUUUUAACUGCUGCCAAACUAUGGGUGAUAUUUUCAUUCGGCUGUGCAGCCUGACUCCAAGACAAAUCUCUUUCCAUCACUACCAGGUCUGGUCCCAUCAGUCUUUAUGUUAAAUUCAGUUUUGUUUUGUUUUUUAACUAUUCUCCCCUUCUGAAUGGAACAUCUUUGCCUGUUGGGAAGUUUUGUUGUUUGAAAAUCAGUUAAUUGGAGAAAAAGAUUGUAUAUUGAGAUGCAUUACUUUUCAAAUGAUCCUGGCAAUAGUGAUGUAACAAGGGGUAACAUUGCUUCUUUUGUAGUAUAACUGUGAUUGCUUUUAGAAGUUAUUUUGAUAGUUACGGAGGGAAUUUUUUAAAAGUUUGUUUUCUACUAUAGGUCAGUGGCUUGUGACAUUCUGAUGUUUUCUUCCAAAACUAAUUAAAAGUAAUUUUUGUCACUUUCACAUAUCAAUAAAGAGUUACUUCCUAAAACCUGUAACUAUAACAAUAACAAAAUAUCUAAAAAGGGUAUGCAGUCAUUGUAAAAUCAAUUCAAGUUCUCAUUUGGUGUCAUCAGCAAAUCUAAGGAACUCACUAAUUAUCUAUAAGUCCAGCUCAUUUAUUAGCAAAUUAAAAAGUCCCAAUUUAUGAGCAAGCUAAAAAGUAUCCCAAUACAUAUUCCGGGAGGGGGGGGAGGGCACACACCAUACCUUCCUUCAUUGCAAGAACUGAACUAUCACAUAUACAGUGGUGCCU